AUUUAGGAUUUUCGAUUGGGGAGGAGCGGGUUCAUUACGGCGGAUGAGCGGAGGUCGGUGCUGGCGGCGCUGGGGAUGAAGUGGGUGAAGACGCCGGAGGAGUACCGGAGUAUGAUCGUCAGGGUCGACUUAGGUGGCGACUCGGCGACUUCCGACAGAUGAUGAAAUGCUGCCACUUCGUCAAGAAAAGAAACAACCGAGGCAGUGGGCUGCUUGGACCCGUCAGGAGGAACGGUUCAGUUGUCGGAGGCGAAGAUCCACCACAUUGGCUUCGAUGCUCACCAGACUUUUCUCUCCCAGCCCAAUCUCCUCCACGUUCGCUCCCCAAUCAGGAUCUGCUCACUAUUAGACGUAGACGUUUGAAUAUCCGAAUCCUUAUGAGUUCUUAUACAACUGUGAGUAAAAUAUCUGGCUUGGUGUUCUGUUUCAAGAGUAAGGCAAUCAAUCAUGCAUUUAAAUUUAAUCUAUAUGAACAUCUUUCAAUUACUUCUGGUGCAAAAAGAGACAAGAAACCUUUAUUUAAAGCUUGCUUAGCUAACACAGAUGUUCACAGAUUAUUUGAUGCCUCUCAUAUUUCUGCCACAGGUGACAUGCAUGGACAAUAUCAUGACCUAUUGAGGAUUUCUGAGUAUCCUGAAAAGAUAUUCCUCUUGAGGGGAAACCAUGAAGAAGCCAAAUCAACUGUAUAUGUGGAUUCUAUGACAAAUAUAACUGAGCUCCCAAGGCCCACUGGCAUACCGUAUAAUGAUCUCAUGUGUGAUCUGUUUCGGUCUGACCCUGAUCCUAGGGCAAUGGGCUGA